GCCCUUUUUAUCCCCGUUCCCCUCAGCGGCCCCCCCGGGGAAAGGGGCUGCCCGCCCGCCCGUCCCCUUUUCCUCCGAGGCCAUGGAGAAAGACAAGCAGUUUAAGCUGUUCGUGCCGCCGCGUCUGAGCUCUGGGCAGCUGCCUGCGGUCAGAAGCCAGGGUUUUAACAAAUGCCCAGGGGACGAUUUUAAGUUGCCAUUCCGUACCCUGAACCGUGGGGAAAUCACAGAUCCAGCUACACUGUCACAGCAAGUAAAACUUUGCUCUGAAGUAGAUGAAGAGAAUAUAGAAACAAUGAACGAAUUGUACUCGAAACUCUACAAAGAGGCUGAGAAGAUCAAGCAGUGGAAACUGAGUGUGGAAUCAGAACUGAACCAGAAAGAAAGAAAACUGCAAGAGAACAGAAACAUUAUCGAAGCACAGCGUAAAACCAUUCAGGAACUGCAGUUUGAAAAUGAAAAACUCCAUUUAAAACUAGAAGAUGAGCUGUGUGAAAAGAAAGAUCUCUUGAAAGAAAGCGCAGCUUCGAGGCACCUGUGCAACCUGCUCAAGGAGACCUGCACUCACUUCACGGAGAAGACCGACAGAUAUGAACAGGAGAGAGAAGAGACGAGACAGCUGUACGAGGAACUCCACAGCAACGUGGAGAGAAUGACGGCGGCGUUCGAAGAGCUUCGCGUGCAGGCGGAGAACGACAGACUGGAAAUGAGUUUCAAACUAAAAGAAGAAGCAGAAAAAAUGGACAAGUUCAAAAGAGAAUGCAAGCUGGAAGUCAGCCAGAAGGCAGAGCAGAUUUCAGCUCUUAUCACCCAGAGUGAUGAAAAAGAUGAUGUGAUAAGAGACAUCCAGGCUCAGCUGCAGGAAUCACAAAAUCAGAUUGCUGGCUUAAUAGAAGAAAAAAGUAAGAGAGAAAUGUUCGAGGAAUCCCAGGCCAAUCAAGAACGUUUGAGGGCAGAGCUGGAGGAGACCAAAACUUCAUUGCAGAAGGCAGAGGUUACUCAAAAGAGCUUAGAGAACGAAUUCCAGACCACGGUGAAAACAUUAAUUCAGGUCACCGAAGAAAAGGAGGCACAGGAAGAAGAAUGUAAAAAAACCAAGGCCUUGCAUGCAGCCCUGACAGCAGAGUUUGAGGCUUCCAUUGCCAGUUUGAAAAGCUCGCUGCAAAAAGAGCAAAAUAGAUCAGAGAAAUACGAAGACGAGUCGAAGCUGCUCGCCUUGGAGCUCAGAAAUAAAUCUGCUGAACUGGAAGAGAUGACCAAGCUAAAAUGUGACAAAGAAAUGCAACUUGAAGAGCUGUCAGAAACGCUGGGGAAAAUGGAAGGACGUCUGCUGAAGAAGGAGGAUCUGGAAGCCGCCGUGGAAAGUUUGCAGAAGAGAGAAGAAGAAACAAAAAAUCUUCUCCAGAUGAGAGAGAACGAAAUCCACGAUUUGAAAGUCCAGCUGACCGGGACAGCUGAAAAGGAGCGAGAUUAUUUGAACCAGCUCUCCACUCUGAAAACAGACCUUGAACAAGAGAUGUUAAAGAACGAACAACUGACAGCGUGCAUCAAUCAGCUUUCACUGGAGAAAGAACAAAUAGCACAAGAGAAAAGCAGUGUGGCUGCAGAACUCAAGGACCUGCAAGAAAGUCACAAGGAGAGUAAGAAGAAAGAAGAAAAUGCAAAGCAGUUGGUUGAAAACCUAGAGGAGGCAAAUGGCCAGCUGAGGAACGAACUGGAGUCUCUGAAGGAGAAAAUGGCCAAGGCAGGGGAAGAGAUCGAGAGUAAACUGGAUGAGAGAGACGAGAACGUGCGUGCCCCACUUACUGUUGAAAAUGGAAUUUCCAGAAAGGCAGAGCAGUUGAAGAUUGUAGGAAAUAAGGUGAAUAAUUUAAAGAAACUGGUGGAAAAUAAAACCAAAUGCAUUGAGGAGUUGCAGCAGGAGAAUAAGGGGCUGAAAAAGAAAAUAACUGCAGAAAGCAAGAAAAGCAGCAUUUAUGAAGGAAAGGUGAAUAAAUUGCAGUUAGAGCUGGAAAACAAGAACAAGCAACAUAAGGAAACAGUUGACAGCUACCAAAAGGAGAUCGAAACAAAAAAAGUAAAUGAAAACAAACUUCACGAAGAGGUAGAAAAGUUGAAGUUGCUUUAUGAUGAGGCAACGAUGAUCCAGAGAGAAACUGAUAUCAGGUGUCAGCACAAGAUAAAGGAAAUGGUGGCACUGAUGGAAAAACACAAGCAUGAAUAUGACAAAAUGGUUGAAGAGAAAGAUGCAGAGUUAAAACUGUGUAAACUGAAGCAGCAGGAGCAGUUGUCAUCAGAAAGAUCACUGGAGAGUGAACUGUCACGUUUGAAGAGUGAACUGUCAGGCCUUAAGGAACAGCUGAGAGCACCGACUCCCUCCAGUGGGAAAUCUCCGGGCUCUGCCCUCAAACUCAAAGCCAUGAGGAAAAUGCACGAGGCGGGAUGGGCUGCGGUGGCCAAAGUGGACAGGAAAAGGAAAAUCAAAGAAGUUGCCAAGUUCUUUGCUUAAAAUGCAAAGAAAUACCAAGUGU